CUGGAGUCUAACGCUAGAAAGGUGUUUCUUGUGAUGGAAGGUGAGAACUGUUUCAUUUGCUGGGACGCCGAGAAGGGAGAAAAACUCGAGAAGCCGUGCAAGUGCCGUGCCGCUCAUCGCAGCUGCCUCGACGAGUGGCGCACACUGAGUGAGAAUCACCGGGAGGGGAAGGCACGCCGAAGAUCACUCUCUGUCCGAUGCAGGCCAGCAUCCCACCCAUUGCGAGAUCUGCAAGAGGUGAGUGGCGUCACAGCACGGAACUGCCUGAUAUUUUGUCUUGUUGUGUGCCAGCAAGUACCCCACAGCCGCCCCCCUCUCGGCGACCCUUCCGACGUUGUCCGAGCUGCGGUGGUUCAUCGUCGUCCGCCUCGCCGCACCCCUCCUCGUCCUCAUUCCCUUUUUGUUUAUCCCCCUGCCUCACGAUGUGGUGACGGAACUCAGCUGCAUCGACCCCGUCAAGGUGUGCAACGACCCCGCCGUGCACUCGGCGUGGGCAAAGAUCUGCCUGCGCCUCGACUACGACGCGUAUCGUGCCAUACACGCCAACCGCAACAUCGAGGGCAUCGACGACAACCGCUUGUUCACCCUGAAGGAGAAGAUAAUCCUUUGGAGUCGCAUCACUCCCAAGUGGCUGCGUCAGCUGAUUGAGUUUGCAGUGCUGCAGCGGGCCCUGCCAGUAUGUCAACACACCGCCCACCCUGUUCUCCUGCAUCCAUGGUUGUUUGGGGCUUUGCUGUUCAGGAGUUUCUCAUCCUGUUUGCAACGCCGUGGCUCUUGAAGGCACUCGCCGAGGUCGCCCCCCAGCUGCCCAACCCCAUCUGGCACAUCAUGACCUUUCGCAAGCGGCUCCACGGCGAGCAGCACAGGCAUAGCUUCCUUGCCCUCUGUUUUCCUAUGGCAGUCAAUAUGACAGUUCAUAUUGUGCAGUUCAUGUUAUGGGGCACGGUGGGUCAUCUCUAUACAACACCAACGCAAUAUUUGAUGCGGGGCUGGGGCUGAUUGGUGGGGAUUGGGUGCCACGGCUGGGCAGGGAGGGCAGCUCAACGCUAUAAUCCGCUUGGUUUCACUAUGCGCUUGCGCGAGGCACAAUUGGCGAGGCGUGAUGGAUGGAUGAGCUGACGAGGCGGAUACAAUGAACAAGCGAUAGACAGAGGGCGACCGAUCGGUGCUCAAUCGAGUGCGUUGAUGAGAGUCAGAUCAACACGAUGCGUGUGUGUCCAUUGAUUGAUACAGCAGCAUGUACCUACACAUUUGUCAUGUACGUACGUGUCAUGGGUGAUGGGUGUGCGUGUGUGCGUCUUGACACAGAAAAAUGGCGUCACCUCACGUCGGUAUCACACCAAACUGAAGGAGGAAAGAGGAGGGAGGGCGAGCACACCAUUGGCCAAAGCCAGCUGUAUGAAGAAACGAG